AUGGUCCUAGUAGAUGACAUGACAGUCAGCGUCAUCAGCGAACAACAAUUCCCGGAUGAGCUAUUGAAGGACUCAACAACAGUUGUUAGGGCUCUGCGUGAGAAGCUUCGGUCAUUGGGUGGAUCAUUUAGUGACAGCAAUGAUGAUGUUAAGGAUAUUGGAUUGUAUGUAAUGGCAGAUACGACUUAUGGUAGCUGUUGUGUUGAUGAGGUCGGGGCAUCUCACAUCAAUGCUGACUGUGUCAUCCAUUAUGGACAUACAUGUCUUAGUCCGUGAGUGCAUUGUCUUUUACGUAUAAUUAUUCUUAAG